AUGCCCAUCCCUGGCGGUAUACCAGCCAUUACGCAGCACACCUCAGUGUGGGCCCCUGUACGGAGCGACAACUCCGCCUUCACUACGGCCGGCGGCGGUCAUGGGAGGCGUAACAGCGAUUCCCUGCCGGUUAUUGGCUCCCCUGCCAAUUGUGCCAAAGAAACCGUCAGCAUGGUGCAGUCCGUAAACACUCGCUCGGCAGAGGCGAGGACCAAGGCGGAGCUGCUGCAGGUGAUUGAGCAGCAGCGGAAUGAAAUGCAGGCGCGGACUGAUAGCGUGAACGCCAUUCAGAGAAAUUUUGAGCGCUUGAGUGAAAUGUACCGCGGCGACCAUGCUGAGUUGGAGCAGUUGCGGGAGGAGGUUAAGCGCCUCCGCGAGCGGGAGGGUUCUGAAGAGAGUGAGCAGAAGGUGCACGCUGCCGUGCGGGCCGAGUUGGAGUCGCUUCUGAAAUCCCACAAGAAGUUGCAGGAGGUACGACAACAGGAGCAGCAGACGUUUAGGAGUGACGCUGCGGUGGCGGAGCAGCAGAUGGAGUCGCAGCUUCGACUGUUCACGCAGCUGCAGGGCGAGUGUGAUGAGCUGCGACGCGUCAAAAAAUACGGAGAGGAAAAGUUAGAACGCGCCACUGCGGAUCUUGGCUACAUAACACGACAUGUGCUGCAGUUUCUGGAGGAGGUGCGAUGCCGCGUGGCAUCGUUGUCAGUGGAGAAAAUCACCCAUAGAAGGGGCGACACUGCGCUGGAGGAUGGAGAUGCCAAGCAAACCGUUAAGGCUGCCUUGGCUGACGCCUGGGAUUCGGUUGAUGCGGUGUGCAUUGGCCUGCGCACGGCACAUGCCUCGAUGAACCAGAUGGCGCAGGAGCGGGUAGAGCGGUGCAAUGCGGUUGUCUCGAAAGUCGUGCAGGAGCUCGAGAAGGCGAUGCGAGUAGCCGUGUCUGAAGGGGAGGCAGCCGCACGUGAUGCGCUACAUGCACAACAGCAUAAUCAUUUACACGGGAUCAGAAGGCAAACAGAAUGUUUGCUUCUGGAGAAGGCGCAGGAGGAGCUCACCGUGGCGCAUCGUAAGCUGCAGCUGCAGGAGAGGGCACACGACACCAUCACCUCGGACCUGCGGCGCCAGGCGGCGGAGCUCAACGCACGCCUGCAGACCACACAGGAGGACUACGACACACUGCUGCUGCAACACCAGACAGAUGUGACGACGCUGGGUGAGACGCUUCAGCAACAGAUGCUACAGCUUCGGGAGGAGAUGCGGCAAUUAAAGGAACUGCAUGCAGAGGAGGCGGAGACGCAGCAACGCCAGCAUGAGUGCGAGCAAGAGAAGUUGGGGGCACAGUACGCGGCGGCUCUGCGGCAGGCGUUAGAGUCUACUGCAGCAGAGUACGAAACGAAGCAUUUGCUCUGGCGGGAUCGCAUAGAUAAAAUUGGGACUAAACUCUGUCGACUUGCGACGAUGACACGUGCCGCGCACAACCAGGUGAAGGAGGUGCGUGUAAAAAAUACGGCGACGUGUGAUCUUUUGCACACCUCACUUGCGCUGGUCAAAGGCGCCCACCACGAGACGCUCCUGCGAAGCGAGGCAGAGGCGCGCGAAGAUUUGAUGGAGUUAGAAAGGGUGCAGCGUGAGAGCCUCCUGCUGAGGUCAUCGGACCACUGCAAGGCUUUGUCUACGACUGCAAAAGUAACGGCCCAACUGAGUCUCGCCGUGUCACUUAACGUGGUAGUGGCGGACGAGUCGGCGCAGCGCCUCGCGAUUAUGUCGAAUGCCUGGACCACAUCUCCCGCUGUGGCGUGCGAGCGGGCUCUGCACAAACUUUGGUUGCAGGAGGAGAGGCGGCUAGCGCCGAAGAUGGCUUACCCUUUCCUCCCUGCGUCUCUGGCGGAGAUGCGGGUGCAGUUGCAGGAACUGCGCCAAACGGCUUUGGGCGUGUCGCAGUGUAUGCAUGACAUGCAGCAGGAGCAGGCGCAUCUAUUCGCCUCCACGCUAGAACGUGCCCAGCAGCUGGGUUUAUCGUGGAUGGCAUCCACGGUGCUGCUUCAUCAGAAGUGGCAGAAGCAGCAGGAUGGCCAGGGAAGGGCAAUAGCGGCACUGCGAGCGGUGAUGGAGAUGCUUAUGGCGGCGGAGGGGGCGACAGAGAGCCUCUAUUCGUGCGGGUUAUGCAUGCAGUUGUACCGCAACCCUGUAACAUGUGUACCGUGUGGUCACACGUUUUGCAAAUCAUGUCUUUUGCUGCACCCGGAGAACAAAGCGCGGGGGAAGGGGGCGGCGUCGUACUGCCCGGAGUGUGGCCUGGCGUCGUGCAGCUCAUUGGUGCAUGUACGCGCCCUCGAUACGCUCUCCGGCAACUUUAGCUUUAGAAGGAAGGGGGUGGAGGAACUGCAACGUGCACUCGAGGCAUUGACAGCGUGCUGA